AUGGAUAGAGCCUGGGCCUACCUGGUGAUAGGAGGAUGUGGCUUUAUUGGGGAGAAGACUGUAGAGCUCCUGUCUCAACAAAACUACAUCAAAGUGGUCAGGGUUUUUGAUUCAGUAGCGAGAGAAGAAGUAGAAAAAUCCAGCACAGCUACCACUCAUGUGACAGUGAUGAAAGGAGACGUUCGAGACCACAAUCUGCUCCUUGCUGCCACGCUGGGAGUUCACGUGGUUAUUCACACAGCUGCUAUUGUGCACUCCAGAAAUUCUGUGCCCUUUUGGGAAAUAAGAGCUGUCAACGUUGGGGGUACUGAAAAUGUGUUAAGGACCUGCUGUGUCCUGUAUGUCAUCUACACAGGCUCCAUUGCCGUGGUGGGACCCAAUACAUCGCACGAGCUCGUGUUCAGGGGAAAUGAGGACACCAAAUACAGUGGGGAAGUGGAGCUGCCUUAUGGGAAGACAAAGGCCAUGGCAGAAAAACUUGUAUUUGAAGCUAACGGAAAAAAGAUGAGCAAUGAUGGCAAACCCACAACCUGCAUUAUCCGUCCAAGCACAGCGUACGGGGAGAAAGCAACGUUUCUUCAAGAGUUGUAUUUACUUGCCCAAGCCAGGAACGGUGUGUUGAACUAUGGAGAGCCUGAAAACACAGCGUGUAAUUACACAUAUGUGGGGAAUGUUGCAUGGAUGCAUGUUCUUGCAGCAAGGAACUUGCAGCUGAAACCAGACUUACUCGCAGGACAAGUGUGUUAUUCCUAUGAUGACACUCCAACAAGAAAAGGUUUUCUGAUAAGGCAUCAGCUGUUGUCCUCUGUGGACCCGUCAGUAAGACUAGGCUCACACAUCCCUUACCGGAAGAUGCGGUUAAUGAUACUAAUGAUAUAACUGCACAGGAUAAUCAAGGUCAUCUAGUACCCUUUCUGCAAGCUACAGCCUUUCCUAAACUUGCCUUUACUGAACACGAUAGUCACCACCACCACCUCCUAUGAGACAGACAAAGUCUCCAGGCAUUUUGGGUACAAAUCCCUCUUCCCCUGGAAAGAGAGCAAGCCUAGAACUGCACAGUGGUGGAAAGCAGCUGCAGGGAACGGACUCCCCCCCCAGCUUCAUGAAAAGAAGAAUUAA